AUGGAAGACGCUGAGCCCGACCUCGACGAUGAGCGCGCCAUCGAGCUCUCCUCCAUCGCCGCCAUAUUUCCUGAGCUCAUCUACUCGACAUCCAAUCCAUACAGUGCGACUCUCGAUGUAGCUGUCGUGCCGAUCAGACCGCUCAAGGUUCGAUUUUCUGAGCCUCUCGCUGAAUCGUCGCUCAUUACGCCUCCGACUAGCGUUAGUAUAGAGACGAGUUCGUCCGAUCAGGGCAAGCAGGGUGGCGAGGUAGCUACAGGCUCAAGAGACAAGAACGGGCGGAACGACGGCGUGAACGCGAACGAGCACACAAUCGAACACCUCCCGCCGUUACGACUGCAGGUGACGUUGCCUGAGGGAUAUCCUUCUGAGAAGCCGCCAGGAGUCUCGCUCUUGGUAUCACCGCAAUGGCUGUCGCAGGAGAAGCUGUCAGAGCUAGAAGCGGGUUGCGCGAAAUUGUGGGAAGAGUUGGGUCGAGAUCAGACAGUCUACACAUUCAUCGACAAUCUGCAGCAGGGGGCUGAAUCUGCGUUCGGGCUGUCACAGGACGGCAAAGCGGUCUCGUUUUCCGCGGAUCUACAGCUGUCCCUGCUGGACUUCAACCUCAAGACCAAGCGAGAAAAGUUUGAUAAGGAAAGCUUUGAUUGUGGCAUAUGCCUCGAGCCCAAGAAAGGCAAGGACUGCCAUCGGUUGCUGAUGUGCGGGCACGUCUUCUGCGUGGCUUGCCUGCAGGACUUCUACAACAACUGCAUCACAGAAGGUGACAUCGACCAGAUAAAGUGCAUGGAUCCGUCUUGCGGGAAAGAGUCCGGCACGUCUAAGAAGCGGAAGCAGCAUACUCUCAACCCUUCUGAGCUUCUAUCUAUACCCAUCGAGCACGAAAUGGUCCAGCGCUACGUUCGACUGAAGCGCAAGAAACGCCUCGAGUCGGACAAGGAUGUCAUCUACUGCCCUCGUCAGUGGUGUCAAGGGCCCUCCCGAAGCAAGAAGCACCCAAAACCGAUCAAUCCACUCGAGGAUUUCGUCUCUGACUCCGAGUCUGACGCUGAGACGAAGCCCUCCGAACCACCACCCAAAAAGGCCAGCACCAAGAAAGUCGACCCAAACACAAUCCCAAUGUCCGAGCGCCUCAGCGUAUGCGAAGACUGCGACUUUGCCUUCUGCCUCGUCUGCAAAAAGUCCUGGCACGGCGAGUUCGGUGCCUGCAACCCCCGCCAAAAGAAAGAACUCGAAGAAGAGGAAAAGGCUAGUCUGGCCUACCUCCGUCACUACUCGACCCCGUGUCCGACCUGCGAGGCUCCCGCGCAGAAGUCGCAUGGUUGUAAUCAUAUGAUCUGCUUCAAGUGCAAUACGCAUUUCUGCUAUUUGUGUUCAGCGUGGCUAAGUCCGGAUAAUCCGUAUCAGCAUUUCAAUACGCAUGGGAGUAAUUGCUAUAUGCGGUUGUGGGAAUUGGAGCAGGGGGAUGGAGAAGGGGUUGUGCAGAGGGGGUUUCAGGAUUGGGGGUUGUUGCUUCAUGAUGAGGAGGUUGAGGUGGGUGCUGAUGAGGGUGUUGCUGAGGUCGCGCAGGAAGAUGGGGCUGAGGUGAACGGUCCGGAUGAUGCUCCGGAUAAUCCGCAGCUCCCACCAGCUGCUGUACAGCCCAUCAAUCUGCCGCCGCAGCCACCAGCCCCUCGAGAGCGGGCUAUCGAGUUUGUCAACUUCGCGGCACAAGGUGGUGCGCAGCAGGGUGUUGGACGACGGAUCGUUCUACCGAAUCAGCUGCCGGACAACAACGUCCCGGAGGUCGUCGCCGACGACAACGCGGUCUGCCCCGUGGACCAGCGCCUGACCAAGGCGCGAUGCGGCUUGCAGGACUCCAGCGGGAGCUCGCUGAGCUUCAGGCUGGGAACUUCGCGCGGCUCAUGGCUGCUCGACAAGAGCGUGAUGAAGCGCGCGCCAGCAGAACUUCCAGUCCGACAGCCACAGCGACAGCGACAGCCGCACCGGCAACGUAACGUGCGUCCAGCUGCGCCUGCUGCGCCUCCUGCGGUUCCUGUUGCUGGUGCCCGAGGUGGUGCAGAGCGGCGCAAUCCCGCCGCGCUCCAGCGGUUCCUCCAGCUCGCUCAGCGGGACGCGGAGGAGGAGUGGGAUAGUGAUGAGCUGGAGGAGUUCUUGAGCGAUGGUGACGAUGAUAGUAGUGGUGAUGAGGAGCUACAUGAGUUAGCGAGGGGGCGGUGGGGUGUGGGCAAUGUGAAUGGAGGAGCCGGUCCUCGAGUGGGGAGGGGUGGCAGAGGUGUAAGGGGACGGGCGUAG